CCAGGUGCCCGUGGUGCUCCAGGAAUGGCGGCAGCCCCUACCCGGGCACCUCCCUCAGGUGGUCAGGUACUGAGGCCUCCUCAAGGACCCCUCCCAGGCAGCUUCCCCAGCAUUUGAGAGGGAAAUCUCUAGCAGGUUCCACCAGCAGACCAACCGGUGACGUCUCUGCGAACCAGGGCCGUGCCUGCCAAGGAGAGUGAGCGUCAUUCCAGGUGGGAGUUGGCCUUUUCCGCCGAGGAGCAUUCAGACUCCCCUGCCCAUGCGGCUUCGCCAGAGCCUGAAGCACAGGCUUGGGAUCCCAGGCAACAGCAUCCAGCCAGGUGACCUAGUUUCCCGCCAAGAGGCCAGACUGGGUGCUGAUCACCUGGCGCGCCGCACUUCCGGAAGCAGCCAGCAUCCGCGAGGAUUAGAUAGCCAAGGCGCUGCUGAUGUGUUGGGGGCACAGGAACAAGCAUGCCAUCGACCACACAGAUGGGACAGAAGAGCAGUUUGUAACAGCUUUCCAACAGGACGAACUAGACCACGUGAACAAGAGGAUGGAAGAACCGGGACCAGUGGAAGGCCAAGGCCAACCCUCCAGCCCCCAGCAAGGCUCUCUGAGGAAAGCUGUGGCUGCUGCCCUCACCCUGGAUGGAGAAUCCACACUGGGUCGCAGGAAAAAGAAGAGGAAAGAGUCCCGUCCAGCUUCCAUCAUCAUCUACCGGUCUGAGAAUGAGGAACUGGAUGAAGAGCCCGGGGAAUCAGAAGGUGGAGACCUGCCAAAAGAAGAGGAAGGAGAAGAUUUCCUAGAUUAUUCUGCAGAUGAUGGUAUGUGGAACAUGCCUUUGGACAGCCGCUACGUCACCUUAACUGGGACCAUCACAAGAGGGAAGAAAAAAGGUCAGAUGGUGGACAUCCACGUCACUCUGACAGAGAAGGAGCUGCAGGAAUUGACCAAGCCUAAUGAAUCGUCCAGGGAAGCAACACCUGAAGGCCGACAGACCUGCCCAAUGGCAGCUGACCGUGGGCCCCACGUGGUCCUCUGGACACUGGUCUGCCUGCCUGUGAUUUUCAUCCUGUCUUUCGUUGUCUCUUUCUACUAUGGCACCAUCACCUGGUACAACAUCUUCCUCGUGUACAACGAGGAGAGGACCUUCUGGCACAAGGUCUCAUGUUGCCCCUGCCUCAUUCUCUUCUACCCCCUGCUCAUCAUGGCCAUGGCCUCCUCCCUGGGCCUCUAUGCUGCUGUGGCCCAGCUCUCAUGGUCCUGGGGUGCAUGGUGGCAAGCUGCCAGGGACAUGGAGAAGGGCUUCUGUGGCUGGCUGUGCAGCAAGCUGGGUCUGGAGGACUGUUCCCCCUACAGCAUUGUGGAGCUUCUUGAAUCUGAUAACAUCUCAGGCACUCUCUCCAACAAGGAUGCCACCCAGGAAGUAGAAACUUCCACUGUCUGAACACCCAAUGACUUCCUUCCUUCUUUGGUUCCAGUAGACUAUAUAUCAUCUUCCAAUUCCAGAAGAUUUCUUCUCUAAAUCUACCCCUUCCUCCCAGACACACAGUUUUUCUGGAAAAUUCUAACCUACACUGAUCUCUCCUACCAUUUUGAUGAUUCAAAAAGGGCAAACAAACAAACAAAAAAUCAGAAAAGCAAUUUGUGCCAAAUUAGUCCCUGUAGCGAACAAAUACCUUCAUUUCUUUCCCUUAAUUGACCAUUUACCAGGGACAGGAGUUCAGUUUGAGUGUCAGUUCAGUUUGGUGCCUGGAACCCAGGCGGUAUGUGACUAAAUAUGACAGAAGGGUAGGGAGAAUCAGGGAGACCAAGUCUACCAAUAAGACAAUAGAUCAGGAUCGUGUGAAAGUUUUAGGAAGCAGCUACCACCGUGUAGCAGAAUAUAAUGUGUGUAUAUCACUUAGUUUUUUGAAUUAGCUGAUUUUGUACUUAAAAUCUUGAAGUGGUUUAAUAUAGAAGUCCCCUUCUUUCUUGUAUAGAAGUCUGGAGAUGGAGCUUCAAGGGACUCCAUGACAUCAGCAGAUUCCAUGCACCUCUCAGUCCCCCUAGUAUAAGGUCCUCAUUGCUCUUAUUCUCAGCCCCCUCACCGCCUACCCCCUACUUCGCCCCAGUGCUGAUUACAACUCCAGCCAUCACACCCAUGUUUCUGGAAGAAUAGAGGAAGGGGCAGAGUUUAUCUUCUUCUUUUUUUUUUAAAAAGAUUUAUUUAUGCAUACAGAAUUGGGGUACAGGC